CGCAUACCGGACGCAGCACGACGUGGUACGACCGCGACGGCCGACCGCUCGUUAUUUUUUUCACUUGAUCCCGUUCCGGCGGAUACGAGACCGAACCGCGUACGUCGUUGUCGUCCGUACGUUGUUGUACCCGUCGAUCGUGCCCACCCGGGUUCAUCGACGCGCCCGGAAAGUGUCGAAACCGAAAAUCGAUUCGGCCGACGCACCGGUAAGGGGGCACGGAAUCGCCGAUUUUUUGAAUUUCCGACAACCGUUAACAAUCGCGGAGAAACCGUUGCCCACUCGUAGCUUGCACGCGUUCACACAAUUGCCACCGCCUGUCCGCCGACAGCAAGAUAGUAACAGUAUUAAUUGUAUAAUAUCUACGAAUUAUCCCUAACAUGCCGGCACGAGCCACGCGCGACCACGCGUCUACCGCGAUUCUGUACAGAAUGCGAACGCGGGACGAUGCGAAGUGAUGACACCGGCCUCCGCAGCCGCCGCCGCCGCAGCGGUCGACCAUGAUUUUGCCCGUGUCCAUCCAGAUGCGCGUGCUGUGGACGCUGGCGAUGGGCACUGUGUUCGUCGUCCUCGUGCAGUACCAGUCGUCGGGCGCGUGGUCGCAGCAGCAGCAGCAGCAGGGCCAGCCGCUGGCCGGUGGCCGCCUGGACCCGAUGGUGGCCGAGGACCUGGUGACGAUGGCGCUGUCCAAGGUGGUCGUGGACGGGGACGUGCGCGUGUCCAAGGACGUGUUGACGGGCAUCACGCGGCAGAUCGCCAGGUACGUGGUGUACAGCGCGGGCGGCUACUAUGGGGCCACCGCCGCCGCCGCCGCCGCCGCCACGACGUCGGCCAACACCAUAUACGUCAUCACGCCAACGUACAGGCGGCCCGAGCAGAUAGCCGACCUCACUAGGCUGGCGCAGGCCCUCAUGCUGGUCCGGGACGUGCACUGGCUGGUCGUCGAAGACUCGCACGUCAAGUCGCCGCAGCUGACCGCGCUCAUACAGUCGUUCGGCGUCAGAUACGACCAUUUAAUCGCUCCCAUGCCAGAAAAAUUCAAAAAAAUACGAGGUGCUAAACCCAAAGGAGUGGCAAAUCGAAACCGAGGUCUGAAAUGGAUUCGUCAGAACGCGGUGGAAGGCGUAGUGUACUUCGCCGAUGACGAUAACACCUACGAUGUUAGGCUAUUCAAUGAGAUGCGCAACACACAGAAAGUGUCCAUGUGGCCUGUAGGUCUGUGCACGAAGACUGGCCUGAGCACGCCAAUCGUGAAGAACGGAAAAUUGAUCGGAUUCUACGAUGGUUGGAUUGCAGGUAGAAAGUUUCCAGUCGAUAUGGCCGGAUUUGCGAUUAGCGUUAAAUUCCUACAAGAACGACCCAACGCUCAAAUGCCUUAUAAACCGGGAUUCGAAGAAGACGGAUUUUUGAGAACAUUGGCUCCUUUCGAACCGCAUGAAAUCGAAUUAAAAGCAGACAAUUGCACCAAAAUAUUAGUGUGGCACACGCAGACGAAGAAGAACGAGCCAUCGUUGAAAGUAGACAAAGAGAAGUACAAGAACACCAACGUACUUAAACUGAAGGAUAUCAUAGUCUGACACAUUUCGACUGCCAUGGCCGCCGCAGGAUAUUCACUGGGAACAGAAUUUUUCAUGUUACAUAUUAUUAUUAUUGCGGACACGCGUCCAUUUGAUCGUCCUCGAUAGUGGUCUUAAGCAAAAAAAAAAAAAAAUAAAAUAUAAAAAAGGGAUUUGCUCAA